CCAAAAUGUCUAGUGUAUUGCAUGCUGAUGAAUAAAUAUUUUAGUAUCGACUUGAAUUCUUUCAAGGAGCCACCCUGGGCAACGUCCUCGAGUAGGAGGGCCAGCAGGCACGGAAGAUAAAUUCGUCGUUUUGGUGCGUGCGAGAGCGCGGCGCGGGCGGAGCGGGGAGGCGCGGGGGCGGCGGCGCCGGCCUGCGGAGGCUGCUGCGCUCAGAGCACCUGCGCCCGCGCUCCGUAGCGCCGCUCGCCGCGUGCUCGUGUACCCGCGCCCGCGCACCGGCCCGCGCCGCACAGCGUCGUGACGCCGCCCACGAAAUUGAAGUCAUUGGAGUCGAGUGUUGAGCGGGGUGCUCCAGUUCGGAGCCUCCGCCCUCACGAAGACGUCGCCUACCGUGUCUCGGUACGGCGGUAUGUCCGCGUCGGCGUCGCCGUGCGAGGAGCGCGCGCGCUCGCCCCGCGCCGGCGCGUCGCCCGCGUCCGCGCCGCGCUCGCCCGCGCCCGCGCACGCCGUGCUCGCCACCAUGACGCCCGUGCAGCCCGCGCACGACUACUACCCCCACAAAGUCGAGAUGGACUCCGAUGACGGUUACCCUCCAGAGGCGCACUCCUACCGCCACUCACCCCACGAGUUAGCAGCAUAUGCAACUGAUAGCAAAGUACCAGUGCAGCCCGACGUCUACGACCAAGGAAUGGAGUCUAUGGACGAGAAGACUCCUAUAGAUUUAAUUUAUGAGGAUGAGAAGCAAACUGUCAUAUACACUACGACCCCGGAUCAGAAGCGCGUGGAGAUGAUCAGCGGGCAGCUGGACGACGGACAGCUAGUGAGCAGCGGCGGACAGCUGGUGGACGGCGGCGUGUCCGUGGUGGUGGGCGCGCCCGGCCAGCCCACCGUGCUCGUGCUGGCGGACCACGUCGUCGACGAGCUCGGACAAGUCAUCACCAUACCCAGGAGACGCAAAGAGGUGAUGGAGGUGAGCGGAGAAUCGUGGCGCGCGUACUACUCGAGCGCGGAGCACCCGCUGAGCGCUACGUCGGCGGUGCUGGGCGCCGUGGCGGACGACGGCCAGGGCCAGCCCAUCGAGUACUACAAGCUGCCGCCGCUGGGCCAGGACGCGCACCUCAACUUACACAAAGACGCCAAGCUAGUCGACGUCUGGCCGGCCGGCGGAGCGCUGAAGGCGGCCAAUGGCGCGCACGGGGCGGAGCUGGCGGAGCUCUCGGGGCUGCUGCACGCGGGGCUCGUGAAGCGCGAGCCCGAGGACCUCAGCCGCAAGGUGGUCGACGAGCCCGAGCACGCGCUCAAGCCGCCGCGACACAAGGUGGCGCUGGGCGAGCCCGGCGAAGCGGCCUCGCCGUCCCCGGCGCCCUCGCGCGCCUCCUCGGCCGGCUCGCUGCUGCCGGACGCCGCCAUGUACGCAGCCCAGAUGUUCGCGCCGCCAGGCACCCCCAGUCCCACCCCCUAUGCUGACCAGUACUCGCGUCAGCCAGCUACCUUCGCCGGCGAACCCUACUACAGAGAAUAUUUCGUUGGCGAGGGCUACCAGCAAAGGGCUGCACCGCCUUAUGGUGAUGCGGAGUCUGCAUCCGCGUCUGCCUUUAGUGACCGAUACGCAACCCCUCGCUAUCACAGCAAGAGUGUAAUCGCUGCAGCCGGGCUCACAGUGGACCUGCCCUCACCAGAUAGCGGCAUUGGAGCCGAUGCAGUGACUCCCCGGGACCACGCGUCCGCAAUCCAGCAGUCGUUCGACUACACGGUGAUAUGCCAGCAACCGGGAGUCGGCGACGACGGGCGAGGGACGCCGUCGGCGCACCACUCCCCGGCGCAGGCGCCGCGCACCCGGCCCUGGCAUGACUUCGGCCGGCAGAACGAUGCCGACAAGAUACAAAUCGCCAAACUGUUUUCCCCGUACGGCUUCAAGUACCACCUGGAGACGGCGAGCAGCAGUUCGCAGCGCCGCGAGGAUGACCGCAUCACAUACAUCAACAAAGGCCAGUUCUACGGCAUCACGCUCGAGUACAUUCACGAUCCUGAUAAACCACUCAAGAACCAAACAGUCAAGAGCGUAGUCAUGUUGAUGUUCCGAGAAGAAAAAUCUCCGGAGGAUGAAAUCAAAGCGUGGCAGUUCUGGCACGGCAGACAGCACUCGGUCAAGCAGAGGAUAUUAGAUGCCGACACGAAGAACAGCAUCGGGCUGGCGGGCUGCAUCGAGGAGGUGGCGCACAACGCCAUCGCCGUCUACUGGAACCCGCUCGAGAGCGCCGCCAAGAUCAACAUUGCUGUGCAGUGCUUGAGUACAGAUUUCAGCAGUCAAAAAGGAGUAAAGGGCUUACCACUACAUAUACAGAUUGACACAUUUGAAGACCCCCGAGACCAACAAGUUUAUCACAGAGGCUACUGUCAAAUCAAAGUUUUCUGUGAUAAGGGUGCGGAAAGGAAAACAAGAGACGAAGAGAGGAGAGCAGCGAAAAGAAAGAUGUCUGCGACGAAUCGGAAGAAGCUGGACGAGAUCUACCACCCGGUGACGGAGCGCAGCGAGUUCUACUCGAUGGCGGACCUGGGCAAGCCGCCCGUGCUGUUCAGCCCGGCCGAGGACAUCGACAAGCUGGCCGGCAUGGACAUCCAGGGCUUCUACGGGCACGACGAGUCCGCGCUGGCCGACGCGCACCUCAAGGGCGCCUCGCCCUUCCUGCUGCACGCCGCCAAGCCGCAGGCGCCCGCGCUCAAGUUCCACAACCACUUCCCUCCCGACGCGCCCGGGUACCGGGAGGUGGGAGGGCUGUCGCCGUACAGCGACCGCAAGGACUCGCUGGAGCUGGAGGGCGUGGUGGGCAAGCGCGCGCGCGCCGCCACGCCGCCGCUCAGCGAGCGCGUCAUGCUGUACGUGCGCCAGGACACCGAGGACGUGUACACCGCGCUGCACGUCGUGCCGCCCACCACGCAGGGCCUGCUGCACGCCAUUGAGAAUAAGUACAAAAUUUCAAGUUCGGCAAUUAAUAAUCUUUAUCGAAAGAACAAGAAAGGGAUUACGGCCAAAAUUGACGAUGAAAUGUUGGCAUAUUACUGCAACGAGGACCUGUUCCUGCUGGAGGUGCGGCCGGCCGCCGGCGCCGACGACGACCGUCUCUACGACAUCACGUUCGUGGAGCUGCCGCUCGACCCCUAGCUCUCACUAUAAGCAUUCCCGAUUUACACUCGUUACGUGCUAAAUCUUUAUGGGAUAAGGUUGUAUCAAAAGUGUCGAUCUCAGGUUGAAAUUUACUUGUAAGCGAUUCACCCUCUUUACUUUGUUCGAAGCGGAAUGUUACAGAAUGUUUCGGUCAUCGUUGUAAGCUCUAAGCGAUCGAGUCGAGACCGUUGUGUAAAUAUCUAUUUUAGUGCCUUAUGAAAUUACAUCGUGAUUCGAUUGCCCGGUGAUGGCGAACAAGAAAUUGGAUGUUUGGUUAUCAGAAGAACAUAAUGUUUCGUUAAUUUAAUAUAAUUGUAUUGUAAAUGACGAUGAUCUGUUGCUGAAUAUGAACGUGUGUGCCAUUCACUCGGUUAUCAUAGGUAUGUAGUUAACAUUUCAACAGGUACCUUUUAUUCUUGCCAUGAUGAUAAAGUAAUAAAUUCUUGUCACAAACUUAUACGUAGUUAUAAUAUAUCUACACUGAGAAAAGCAUGAAGUGCCUUCGUCAUAAUAAUUAAUGUUAUCAUAGCAUAAUAUAAGUGAGUUAAGUCAAAUUAAAUGCCAUCCACUUUGUUAAGUUUUGUAAGCCUAAGUUUGCUUUAUAAGCUCGCUCAAUUCUUACAAGUAGUGAAGUUGAUAUUAGUUUUAGGUUCAAGAAUGCGUACAUUGCUUCCACCUGGUGACUACAUUCAGAGAAAGUUUACUAUUUAUUAAAAAUAUAUCGCUAUGGAUACUUUUUGUAACCGGAUGUUUGUAUCAGAAUUAGUUUCGAUCAUUGCCAGAAAUCAAUCAAAACUCUAAAAAGGAAGCGAUGACGUCAAACAGUUUAAUGAGAUAGAGCCGAGGUUCCGCAUAAUGUUGGAUGUAUAAUAGUCAUGUAAACAUAGUCACAAAGUCGUCCAUCCGAACAACAUUAACAUUAUCAUCGAUGGGAGUGGUUUGUGUAUAAUUUUAAGAUUCUAUUAAUACAUUUUGUUAAAAUAAAAGAAUUUUCGAUACGUAGGUUAUCGGGCCAUGACAACAAUUUAGUUUAUGAAGUAUUUUAUGUCCAAGACUUAUUUAUAUUAUAAGAUUUCGUACCGGUCUUACUGUAGCGACUAAGUUUAUUUGUUUCAAAAGCUCUCCAUACUUAAAAAACCUGAUACUUUAUUCGAUAUCAGAAACUAUAUGUUCACAAUUAUUAUUAAUCAUUUGUCAAGAGCAAAGCAUAAAAUUAUUGUUAAGUUAUUUCCACCGAUUAUUCAAAAUCCAGAAGUUGGUUCUGUAUCAGUGUAUGCGUGGUGGCGCCUCAGAGCGGCCGCGGACUGCGGGGGUUCGAAUAACUGCCAUAUUAUGACAUAAUUUAGAGUACUUAAUGUUCUUAGGCGUAGAUUCUUUAACAUAAUGUUAGUUCUUUUUACUGUGUCUCAUGUGACUUGCAGGUAGACAUCGAAUUUUAAUUAAGAUAUAGUACAUAUUAUAUUAUAUAUUUAUAAUGUAACGUGUUGUUUUUGUUUCACUCAGCGUUAGCUGCGAUUGCGUUGUGACUUGUUCCGUCCUUCGCGCAACUCUUAUCUUCCAUUCAUUUGGCUUUCGUACACUUGUUAUAUCUUCACAACUGGAAUUUUAAUUUCCUUUAAAUGUUACGUUUUGGUUACGAAUCCGUUGCUCAAUGUCCAGUGCCGCGUGACGGCCGGACUCUAACAGCAUUGUUUUUAUACUCAUACGUAUGCAAGUAAUUAUAUUUAUUUAUAUACUUAUUAAUAUAAAUUGUGCAGCUUUAAUGUUUACUUACAAUGAUGUUAGCUCGUGAUUCAGAAUCUCGUCAUAAGUCACAAACGUCAGUAGCAAUAAUACAGUCUAGUAGUAAAACGCUAGCGUGAGCCGCGAGCCGCCAGGCGCUGGUCCCGUCGGCAAGGUUGUGCAAUGUGUAAUCAGAGUUCUACUAUAAAGUGUAUAAUUAUAUAUGAGGGAGGGGGAUGAUGACGUCAAUUGGAUUGAUUAUUAUAAUAUUAGUGUCGGGAGAGGCGCUGCGGCGGCGCGCGGCUGACACUCGCCGAGAUGUUAGUCACACUAGUUAAAACACGACCCGAAAGUGGUAGCACAUUUUCGUUAUUAAAUUGUACUGUACUUAAGGUUUAAUUGAAUAGAUGUUACGUUAUUCUUUUAUAUGAAUAUUUGUAAGUUGUCAUAAAAAUAUUAUUAAUAUAAUUAUUUUUAUCAAAGUUUAUAAUCUAAAUAAAAAUGUUUUUCUUGAAAACAU